GUUUCAUUCCGUCACUGUUUCCUUCGCAAAACGAACACUCCGAUUCUCCGAUUUCGAACUCCCUCUUCCCAAAAGAUUCUCACUUUCGGAUCCGGGUAUGAGAACCCGUUCAACCACCACAUGGGUCAUCCUCGUGGCCACACUGUAUUUCCUCGCCAGCUUCUUUGAAUCGGAAGCCAAAACCAUAGACCCCUACAAGGUUCUUGGGGUUGAUAAAAAUGCAGGUCAGCGAGAAAUUCAGAAGGCUUUCCACAAGCUCUCUCUUCAGUAUCACCCUGACAAGAACAAAAGCAAAGGUGCACAAGAGAAGUUUUCGCAGAUCAAUAAUGCGUAUGAGAUUUUAUCCGAUGAAGAGAAGAGGAAGAAUUAUGACUUGUAUGGAGAUGAAAAAGGAAAUCCUGGAUUUGAUGCUGGCCAUCCUGGAGGUUUCACAGGGGGUGGUCCUGGACAAAACAAUUUUAACUUCAGACCAGGGGACUGGCAGGGUGGGCAAGGAGGAUCUAACUCAUUCUCCUUUUCCUUCGGCGGCUCAGGCAAUUCAAAUCCUUUUGGGUUCGGGUUAGAUGAUCUUUUUGGCAGUUUUUUUGGUGGUGGUGGUGGUGGUGGUGCUGGGAGACAGUUCGGCGGCUUUGGCAGUUCAUCUAAUUCUCAAUCUGGCUCCAAGAGUUCCCCCAAAAGUUUUAAAGCCAUAAAUUCACAUAUCUACAAGAAAGAAAUAGCUGAUGAAGGGAUGACCUGGCUUUUGUUGUCUUAUACACCUUCAUUGAAAGGGAUCCAAUACUUUGAAUCCACAGUACAGGAAGUUGCAAGUUCAUUGCAAGGAGCUUUGAAGGUUGGAAGCAUCAAUUGUGAAAAGGAAGUCUCAUUCUGUAAGGAGCUUGGUGUGUAUCCGCGCAAAGCUCCUAGGCUUUUUGUUUAUUCUUACAAGGAGAAAGAAAAGGGUUCUCUGGUGGAAUAUGGUGGUGACCUGGCUACUAAGGAUCUGAAGGCUUUCUGUCAAGAGAACUUGCCUAGGUUUUCAAAACGGAUUGACUUGAAUCAUCUUGAUCAGUUUAGCACUGCAGGGAAGUUGCCUAGGGUAAUGCUUCUCUCCACCAAGAAGGACACUCCUGUAAUUUGGCGUGUUCUCAGUGGCUUGUAUCGCAAACGCAUUGCUUUCAGUGAUGUAGAGGUUCGUGAUGUUUCUGAUCCAAGAGUGAAAAGGCUAGGAGUUGAUGCUCUUCCAGCUAUUGUAGGUUGGCUACCUAAUGGAGAGAACCGGGUCCUGAAAACAGGAAUUUCUGUAAAAGAUAUAAAAUCUGCAGUUCAUGAUCUUAGUAACAUACUUGAAAGUUUUGAAAAAACAUGUAAAAAGGAAGCAUCAAGUCAGUCCACGAAGGCUCAGACUGAUUCAGAAGAGGGGCUCAUACAGUUGCUUUCUCGGUCGAACUUUGAGGCUCUAUGUGGUGGGAGAACUCCUGUCUGCAUAAUUGGUGCUUUCAGAUCUUCUAAAGCUAGAGAAAAGCUAGAAUCAAUUCUCUCUGUGGUCUCUCAGAAGUCAUUGUCAAGAAGGCCAAAUUUAGGAGCCAGCUCUAGAGACUCCAUUUCUUAUGCUCUCUUAGAUGCUGCAAAGCAACAGGCAUUUCUAAAUGCAUUUGACAAAAAAGGUUAUAAAUCGUCAGAUAAGUUGCUGAUUGCAUACAAACCUAAGAGAGGGAAGUACACUGUAUUUAUGGGUGAGAUGACAAUAGAGGAGGUAGAGAAUUUUAUCAGCUCUGUUCUCAGUGGAGAUAUACCGUUCAGGGAAACACGUCAGAAACCUGAACUCAAGUAGAGCAUUGGCUAUUACAAUGAGUUUGCAGUAUUUUUGCUAUAAUCAUGUACAUAACAAAUAGAAUCAUAGUUUUGGCACUAGCAAGAACACAGAUGAUUGACCACCGCAGCAAAUCUGAUUUUGAUCCA